AGCCUUGCUAUGGGGUGGGGGGAGAGAGAGGACGAGAGCAAGGGAGCGCGGGCGGGCGAGCUCGUCCGCUGUCAGAGCGUGUUCCCUCGCGGGGGCGGCCCCUGGCAUCGUCGGCCGCCGCCGCUGCAGUCGCUGCUGCAGAUCGCCCCGUCGGAAGAGGCAAGCCCUCUCCUCCUCCUCCUCCUGCCGUCUCUCCCCGUGGUCCUCUCCCUCUCUCCAUGGCCAGCGCGGGGCUGCAGCUGGUGGGCUACUUCAUGGCCCUGGCCGGCUUGGUGGGCUCCAUCUGCUCGUCGGCGCUGCCCCAGUGGAAGCAGAGCUCCUACGCCGGGGACGCCAUCAUCACGGCCGUCGGGCUGUACGAGGGCCUCUGGAUGAGCUGCGCCUCGCAGAGCACCGGGCAGGUUCAGUGCAAGCUCCACGAGUCGUUGCUCUCGCUCGACGUUCAUAUCCAGACUUCCCGGGCACUCAUGGUGGUCUCCAUCCUCCUGGGCUUCGUGGGGGCUGUUGUCAGCGUGAUCGGAAUGAAAUGCACCAAAGUUGGAGACGAGAAUCCCGUGGUGAAAAGCUGGAUCGCUGUGUUGGGGGGUGUCUUCUUCCUACUAGCAGGUCUGUGCACUAUGACGGCUGUUUCAUGGUACGCGGCACGGGUGACGUACGAGUUUUUCAAUCCCAGCACGCCGGUUAACGCCAGGUAUGAAUUUGGACCUGCUCUCUUUGUGGGGUGGUCAGCAGGCAGCCUGACCAUGCUGGGCGGAGCCUUCCUGUCCUGCUCCUGCCCCAAACCGGAAGAGAGAGGGCAGCAGUACUACCGGCAGUCGCAGCCUUCCACAGCUAGAGAGCCCCCUGUAAAAAGGGGAGAUCAGUCCGUGUAAUGCCUUCGGGGGGAAGAGAGAGACAUGGUUCUGGGCCUGAGCUUUUCAAUCCAAGAGACCAAAGUGACUAUAGCAAGGACAUUUUAAAAAAAACAAACACAAAGCAGACACCCCACUGUGUUUCCCCAAGACCCCUUUUCCUUAUUGGGAGAGAGAAAAAUGAAAAACCAGAAAUGCAUCUUUGAAAAUGAAAGUUGCUCGUUUUCGAAAUGUUAAAAGGUUGCAUUAACUUUUCCCCAUGGUGCCGUUUAUACUGCUUGACAAUAUGGUUCUACCUUUUCAACAACGACAACAACAAAAUAUAUAAAUGUUUCUAAUGGUUUGUACUAAACAUUUGUCUUAUUAAAAUAUUUUUAUUGCCA